AUGGCGCUCUCACUGAUUUUGUUAGGUCUAGUGGUCGUAUUUGUAUUUUAUUAUUAUGGAAUACGACCGAUGAGUUAUUGGAAAAAAAGAGGAGCAAAACAAUCAACUCCGGUUUGGUGGUUUGGAGAUAAUCUAAGAAAUGUCUUCAGAAAAGAGACUGUUGUUGAUUUAUUUAAGAGAAUUUAUAAUAUGGAACCAAACUCUAGAUACUUUGGAUUUUAUCAAUUCAAUUUACCAACUUUGAUGUUAAAGGAUCCAAAAUUGUUAAAGCAAAUAACUGUUAAAGAAUUUGAUCACUUUACUGACCACAGACGAAUUGUACCACCAUAUUAUAGUGAUCCCUUAUGGGGUAGAAAUUUAUUUUCAUUAGAAGGCCAAGAAUGGAAAACAAUGAGACCUAUUCUCAGUCCUUCCUUUACAAGCAACAAAAUGAAAAUAAUGUUUAACUUGAUGGACGAUUGUGCGGAAAACUUGGUUAACUAUUUUUUAAAAAAUAAUCAAGACAUUGUCGAAGUAGAAAUGGUAAACGUUUCAACUCGUUUUGCUAAUGAUGUCAUAGCCACAACUGCAUUUGGUGUAAAAGUGGAUUCAUUGGAUGAGCCAAAUAACGAGUUUUACAAAAUGGGUGCAGAAGUUACAGAUUUUUCUUCAUUAAAGAAAAACCUUGAAAUUGCUCGUGCUUUUGUCUUCCCAGAAUCAACUAAAUAUUUCAAAGUAAAGAUGUAUGAAAACCCACCACGUCAGUUUUUCACUGACCUUAUUGAAAAUAAUCUGAAACUUCGAGAAGAAAAGGGAAUUAUGCGCCCAGAUAUGAUACAUCUUUUAAUGGAGGCUAAAAAUGGACAAAAUCAAAAGGGAGAAAAUGGAAUCACAAAUAAUGACAUUAUUGCGCAAGCAUUAAUAUUCUUUUUUGCUGGUUUCGAAUCAGUAUCGUCACUAAUUACUUUUACGGCAUACGAAUUAGCUCUUCAUCCAGAAAUUCAAAAUAGAUUAAGAGAAGAAAUUGUAGAAGCUUUUCAAGAAUGUAAGGGAAAGUGGAACUAUGAAGCUCUCUAUAAGAUGAAAUAUAUAGACAUGGUUAUUUCAGAAUGUUUAAGAAAAUGGCCUAACUUUCCAAAUAUGAGUCGUGUUUGUACUAAAGACUUUGUUAUUGAACCUGAAUUACCAGACGAAAAACCUCUAUUAAUUGAAAAGGGAACUCUUCUGGAACUGCCAAUAAUUUGUAUGCAUUACGAUCCUAAAUAUUUCCCAGAUCCUGAACGUUUUGACCCAGAAAGAUUCAGCGAUGAAAAUAAGGAUAAAAUUGAUCCCAAUACCUACUUUCCGUUUGGGUUGGGCCCGAGGGUUUGUAUAGGUUCAAGGUUUGCUUUAAUGGAAGCUAAGAUCUUGUUUGCUCAUUUGUUACUAAGUUUUGAAAUAGUACCUAUUAAGAAAACACUUAUCCCCAUGAAAUUAUCAAAAAAGCAUUUUAAUGUUCAUCCUGAUGAUGGAGUUAACUUAGGAUUAAAAAGUUUAAGAUUAUAGUGGACUGUAUAAUUUUUGUUUGUAUUUUUAUUAAUCAAUAAAUGAUUAAAAG